AUGGAGACGGCGGCCGCGGCGAUGCUGGAGGCCGGGGUGGGGCGGUUCUCGCGGGCGCCGGCGAUGGCCGCGUCGCUGCUGGCGGAGAUGUGGGCGCCGCUGGCCGUGGCGCUGGCGGCGCUGGCCACGCUGCCCAGCCUGCUGCGCCGCCUGCAGGUCAUCGUGCUGCGCCUCCGCUCCCGCGGGAAGGAGGUCAUCCAGUCGCACAUCGGGACCUACUACUCGUCCUGCGACGAAGACGACGACGACGAGGAUGGCGACCAAGACGAGAGCUCCGACGACGAGGCGGACGCCAGCUCCUCCGGCGACGAGGAGGAGGACCUGAAGCGGAUCGGGUUCUACGAGGGCGCCGCGGACGGCGUCUUCCCCUGGGGCGGCGCCGUGGUCCGGACCUGGCAGGGCCUUCCGCGCCGCAUCUCCGGCUGCGCCUCGGGUAUCGGAGGUGUCGGCGGGGCCACCGCAAGCGGAGGAGGAGCGUUCCCCGCCGCUGUCAGGCUGUGGGGCGCCAGCACGGCCAGCGGCGGCGAGCCGUGGUGGGCCGCCGCCUGCAGCGCCGAUGAAGGCGGCUGCCGCCGCGACGGGGCGGCCGCGGAGGCGGAGGCGGACCAGGUCGUCGUCGGGUGGCGGCGCGAGCACGCGUCGCAGCAGCAGCGGCAGCGGCAGCGGCGCCGGCGGCGUGCCGUUCCCCUCGCUCACACGGGCUAG